AUGUUGUACAACAACUAUUUACAGGCCCUCAGGAUCAUCGAGAUGGACAAUGUGGCCCUUCGUGAAGCCAUGGGGUCCCUUGAGAUUGAGCAGGACAACAUCGAGAAGUGGUAUGCCGAAGAAGCACAGUACUUCGCGAUGCUCAGACAAGAACCGGAGUGGGAUGUCCAUGCCAUGACGUAUGUCGAGUCCCUUCAAGAGCUUCGGGACAUUGAGAAGCAGCUCAGCAGUACAUCCUCCACUUUUUAUGCGGGAAUCCCUGACAGUUACCAGUUCCUUCCUCCAACCCCGGAGUCAUUGAUGGAGUGGCACACAAUUGUGUCUCAAGAUGUUAUUGAGAUGGAAGUCAACAUGCAGCUUUCGAAGCAGUGGGUGCCGACUGAUCAUGAAUAUCUUGACACCGUGCGAUACAUCUCUACAUGCAAGUACCACCACGCACUUGACAACCUGCAGCGGCUCGUGGUGCUGCAUUUGUUCGAGCUCCACAAACUCAAUCUCUUGCAAACAGCUUACCGCAUGAGGAUGCACAUCGCAAAGUCUCUGCAGACUCGGUGCGAGGCAAUCCGCAAUGCUGUGCAGGUAUAUAAUGCAGCAGCAGGGGUGCUCAAUCCUCCGAGGCCUACACUAGACUGGGCUAAGAUAUCACACUACUCAUUCCUCGACGAGUUUGACCUCCUACAUGACACUCGGAAUGAUAUUUAUGCACUGGAAGGAUUCUCAGGCAUGCCUUCACCAGGUCAGUGCCGCAGUUUGCACCCCCAGGUCAUCAUCACCGCAUCGGACGCACAAGCUCCUGUACACAGCGACAUUCUGCAAGAGGAUGAUGAUGCUGCUGGCGAAGAUGAGGAGGCUGAGCUCCAGAUCAAUGGGCUUGUCGAGUACAUUUGCAAUCUGUCUAUCCAGUAG